AUGGUUCACAAGGUGCUCUUCUGGAGCGGCUUCGGCAUUGCCGUCCGCCUCUGGCAACUCGGUAUCGAAAUGCGUCCCAUCCUCGCCAAGGAAUCCCUCUGGGUUUACCCUCUUUUCGCCGGAGUUGGUGGAAGCUUCGGCUACUGGCUCCAGGGUGUUGAGAGCAGACAAUUGAAGAUGCUUGCACAGCGCCGCGAGGCCAUCCUCGAGAAGCGCCGGCGGCGGGAUGAGCGGGAAGACAAGCCCGCGGGUGGUAUCCUGGCAGCUGCGUCAUAA